CUCAAAAUAUUUGUUGUUUUCUUUAUGUGUAGGUAUAAGACCACUUGAGCAGAAAAAAAAUCAAUAUUUUUUUCAACACAUCAAAUUUUUCAAGCUUUGAGCUCAAUCUGGAUGAUUAAACGUGGACCAAAAAAUUUGAAAUUUUCCGUACGUCUUAUUGAGGCCUUAGGUCAUGGUUUUUUUGUUAGGGUCCUUAAUAUUCGAUGAAAAAAAAAUGCUUUCUAAGAUUCGAUUCUUGAAAUUAUAAUGUGGAAAUUGUAUUUUUCUGAUUUAAUUAUUUCUCCGUAGGACUUAAUUUCAUUUUGUAGGUUUAAAUUUUCUGUUUUUUUUUUUUUUUUUUUUUUUCAUGAAAAAAAUCAUUAAUUUUGGGAGUGAGGAGUGGGAGGGUAUGAAAAAUGUUUACAAAUAUUAAUAAGAGUCUGCCUAUUGAGUUUAAUGUGGGAGUGGCUACCUUAAAUACGUGGGUCUAUAGGUACCUGUUUAAAAUACAUAUUUCAGGAAAAAAUAAUCGAAUGUUAGCAACUAUCUAGUUACUUAUCGACGAAAGAAAAAUGAUUUAAUCCCAUUCGCUCAUUUAAUCAAUAAAAAUUAUCAAAAAACUUAUUUAUUGAAAAUUUGAUUGCAAAAAUUGCGGCCAAAUAGUGCAUAAAUGAGACACCUUGCGUUGUUGAACCAGUUGAUGGUGUAUUAAGACAGGUACAUACAGAACUUGGUUGUGCAGAAGACAAACCCAGAGACAUCUGUACCAUAAAUUCUGGCAUAUUACGAACAAACAUAGGUACGUGAAAUUUUACCUGUCUGUUAUCUUUCUUUUUUUGCACCCUUCCUCGCAUCCGUCAUUUGAUACGCUAGUCUCGAGUCGAGUACGUAUUUUUCCAUGUUAGCUGGUCGUGUAAUAUCACAGCUUGUAUGUAAACACGCGUACUGAGACCUGAUGUGUGUACUUUUUACUCGAUAAUGUUUUUUGAAAACAAAAACUUUGUGAUUUUGCGUGAAAUCGUAUUAUUUGUUGUAUAAUUUCAUCGUUCCGUGUUCGUUUUAUGGACUUCACAUUUUGAGUUGUUGUAGUCACGAAGAAUCGAGUUAUUGAUAAAAAUGGUUUACAAUCCGAACGAAUUACGUUCAUUGGCGGCGGAAUCUUCAUGUGUACAAUUGGUGUACGAAUGGGCCAGCUGUGAAAUGCCAGCAAUCGAUAAUUGGAAAAAGGAAGAAGACUGCGAUACAUGUCCGGAACACGAUUGUUUUAUUCAGCAAUUGAACGAAAUGCAGAUACCCGGCAGCCCAGUGAUCCCGAAUUUGGUUCUCGACCAAAUCGAAUACCAUAUGAAGUGGAUUUUGAAACAGGUUACUGACUGGAUCUGUUACCAUCAUCGUAAAAAUUUCUUCCACGAUGAUCCGGCAUCUCCGUUGAAAGAAUACCUGCCUAAAUUGAUUUGGAAAUCGGUUCGAUGGGGUGGUCGAUCGAUCGAUUACAAGGCUACUGCGAAAAACGUGUUGGCAGAUUCGAUAUUUAACCCCAUGGAGAAGUACAGAUUCGCUUGCACGUAUUGUUUUCCGAAGGAAGUAUGGAAUUUGAGAGAUACGGCGAAGGUGGCGAUAGAUUGGUGUUUCGAAACAGAACCUUUGCUGGUUUAUUGGAGUAAAUACUUGGUCAAUCAGUUAGAUACGAUACCUGUGCCGGCGAAAGAUUCAAUCGAGGAGAUCAUGUUUGCCAAAGCUCUGAACGAAUACGAUCUUUGGCAGCCUAUAAAAUACUUUUUAGAAAAGUCGAACUCCAGUGCUAGAUUAUUGCAGUGCAAGAAGGUUGUUUCGCACAAAUACGGAAAAUAUCAAAAAAAACUACUGGCUUUACUGAAUGAAUGCGAAAAAAGUUCUGUGUACCAGGCUAAUUGUAAAAAAAUCAUUAAAAAUUACCACGAGCACGUUGAUCUCGAAGGUAUUCGACAGUUUUACACUGAACUGAAGGGCAAGUUGAAUUUCAAGAAUUUCGCACUAAUUAUCAAAAAACUGGCGUAUUGGUCGAUGAUAAAUAGUGACUAUUUCGAUGCACUGACACCCUUACUAAUGGAGAUUUGGAACGAUGCCAGCGACGAGCGUAAACGCCUGGUGGUCUCAAGUGGCUGGCGAUCACGUAUCGCCAGAAGAUUGGAUUACGUGAUCAUGGGCGAAAAAGUGGUCGAAUAUUUCUACGAUAGAGACCAAUUCCGCAAUCCUUUUGUGUUUAUUCGUGCCUUGGCUGAAGUCGACGAACCGCGAAAUUUCCUCAAGUCGAAUUUUGAUUGGCUGGUAAUCUGGCAACCGUUCGCUUCAGUACUCGAACUAAUCGAUGAAUUUCAAGUCAAUUCCGAAGAUGUCGAAGAAUUAAAAAAGGAUAUUCGACAAUCGGAUAUAAUGGAGAGGAUUUUAAUUACAUAUUUGCAUUGUGGCGGGUUUGACGAAUUUUGCAGUUUGGUAUCGUUUUGUUACUCGGAUGAUGAAGCGAACAGAAUUGCGUUUCAGAGGGAAUUUUUAAUGGAUCAUUCGGACGAUCUUAGUUUUGCAUUCAAGCGUAUCGAAAUCGAUUGGAAAAUAAUUUACGAAUUUGUCAACAAGGUGUUUCGUGAUACCGACGACGGAUUAGCGUCUUCCUACACUACCCAACUGAUGCAAUAUGUUUUAGAGAAAAGAAUGGACGUUCUGAUGGAAAUGAUGAAUCGAGAAGAAGCAAACAGCAUCGUGGAAUGUAUUGAAACUUUCGUGCCACACCACGAUGAUUUAUCUCGGGCAAAGGAGACCUGCAUUGAGUCACUUUUCGAAUACCUUCAUAAUCGUGGUUAUUUCUUCAAGGAGACUCAGUUCGAAAAAAUGUUGAUUUGGUGCUAUGGAAGUGAAACAGGCGUUGCUGAAUUUAAAGAGAAAAUCAACGUUUCAAAAGUUUUUAUCGCCAUGUUGGAACGCUGCGUCAAUUGGUACACUUUCAACGUGUGUGAUUCUAUGGAGGAGUUUUUGCAUUGGUAUUAUCCAAUCGAAAGUGAAAGGAGAGCUUUUAAAUUGGAAAUGAUUUACUCGUACGGUGAAUUUGAAAAGAUCGAGGCAUUGCUGAAAGAGAGAAAGUAUCGUCGACGUUCACGUAUGUUGAAUUGGUUUUUCGAUAAAGACGACUAUAAAAUAAAGGAAUUUACUCGUAUGUGUACCUGUAAGUUUGUCAAAUCGGUAGUCUAUGGUUGAACUUUGAAGAUGUUAGUAAUAUUAUAAUUGUAAUGUAGGUUAUUUUAUCAGUGAUUUUGAAUCUUUUUUUUUUUUAAUAUUUAUUUUAACCAAUUUUGUAGUUAUCGUAAUAAAUUUUGUGAAGUGUU